GCAAUGUACUUUGUUGAAAACAAAAAGAUUAGGAUUGGAUCGGAUCAAACUUCCUCUAAAUGGUUUUAAAAAUGGGAAACUAUUUUUUUUUCAAUGUUCAAUCCCUUUUAGCCUGCGCUAGCACGCCGUGGAUGUUUUAACCAGCUAUGUAUAAAAACAGCAGUUUUAUAUUACUGCAUUAACUAAAUAAUUCACAAACAAGAAUUUUAUUUAAAACAGGUAUUCCAAAAUAGAAAAGAUUGUCCAAAUAAGAAGAGGAGCAUCUAAUCGCUGUUUUAUCAUUGGCCAUUUUCUUGAAAGAGGCGUUAAAGGAAGCCAAGUUAGUGCAAUAAUAGAUCACGUGUGUAGAAAUACUUGAUUAUGAUUGGUUCCGUUUGACAGGAAGUAGAUUUGAUGUUAUGAUUCGUCUUAGACAAAAACAUUUAGCUCCUUCGCUGCCAUAAGUUUUUCCCCUGAUGGCAGUGAGAAAAACACGACAACGCUUGCAAAAAGAAAACACGCAGACAAACUGAUUGGCGGGAAAACGAGCAAUGAGCAUAGAAAGCACGACGGAGUGGAAUGAAUUCGCAAGCCGCAUUGUGCUGACAACUUUGUAAUGAGAAAUCUUUUGAAAUUGAAUCUAUUUCUCAUCUCCGAGAUCUGGCCGUUUGCUUGGAUGACGCUGUUUUCUGGGGCUAACUUUAGUGUAUUAGCCAUUGGUCUACUUAUAACGAUGGGAAUACGAGUUUAAAGGAACUCUUGAAACAGAUUUACUUACAUGCUAUGAAGCGAAAGGCGAUAACCGUGAGUUGUUGUUUUGCUGGAGGAUUCUGGUAGCUCAUUCUUAGCUGUUUGCCAUACCAACACUUGACGGCUUAAUUUAGCUCGCUUUGGAUUAAAGCCAAAUAUCCUAGAAGUACACACUAUGAAUAUCUAAACAUUUGCAACUCUUUGACCUAUUUAGAAAUACGCACGUUUUUGUUUUGCCUGCAGUCGUACGCUGGCCGCCAUUUUUGUUUUCGCAGUUGCACAUUGAAACUGAUCUACAAAAGGCCGCACGUUCAUCACAAAACUGGAUUGCUGUAUCCUGCUAUUUUUGUUGUUGUUGUCUCUGUUUUGAAUGCCGUGCAAGGAUGAAUGAACUCGAUUUCGACGAAGAGCACCAAAGGGAGCUCAUUAAAUGCGUCGUGGUUGGCAAUUCAGGGGUCGGAAAGACGCGGCUGAUUUGCGCAGAAGCCCUCGGUGUCGGCAUGAAGACGCAAGAGGCUAAUCCACGCCAUGUACGACAUGUUCAUUAUCCCACCGUCUUCGCCAUUGACCAAUAUCACGUCUCAGCAGAGAUCAGAGACCGUGCAAACUUCACGAUUGAUGGAGUGUCAGUUUCACUCAGAUUGUGGGAUACAUUUGGUGAUCAUUCAAUGAAUAGGCGUUUUGCAUACCAGAAUGCCCACGUUAUUGUGCUGUGUUUUGCUAUUAACACGCCAAGCUCAUUCAAGGACGUCAACGCAGUGUGGUACCCAGAGAUAAAAAAAUAUUGUCCUAGGGUACCUAUUAUCCUGGUCGGUACCAAGUCAGACUGGCGAAGUCAGCUGAAUGUCAGUGUAGUUUGCCAAAACACCAGUUUGUCCAAGAGAAUGAGGGAGUGCUUUCUUGUCUCACCUGACAUGGGACGGCAGGUUGCUAAGGAAAUAGAUGCAGUGUACUAUGAGGCCAGUGUUGUUGACAUGUGGGGAUAUCAUGAUGUGUUUGAGAAUGCAAUUCGCGCAGCUUUAAAUUCCCGUCGUCAGACACGUUUCUGGUCAUCACACUUAAAGAGGGUGUCCCAACCAAGAUUACAGCCACCAAAUCUACCACCAAAACCCACAUUACCAAACAUCAUAGUACCAUCCUCUCUUUUCCGGGAGAACCUCAAAACAAUAUUUCACUCCAGUUUGUGUUCUGACGUGGUUUUUCUAAUCGGGAACCAAUCGAUUCCAGCACAUGCUAUGCUCUUAGCCGCCAUGUCUCCUACAUUUGCUCACUUGCUUCUUGGCCAUGAACUGUUUGGUGAACUCAUUGAGGAGGAAAAGCUACAGAAGUUUCUGGUCAUGGGAGACAAAAGUGUGACGAGUUUCCAAGAAGGGGAUGUGAUGGGAGAAAAGGCGUGGCUACCAAGAGGCUUCACUUCCAUUAAUCUAUCUGGCAUGCAGUGUGUUCCAACUCCUGGAAACAAGAAACAUCAACUGCUUGUAAAGCUAGAUACCUUUAUUUCACACUCAGCCUUUCUUCUUGUAUUAGACUUUUUGUAUAGUGGGAACUUAUCGGUCAGUGCUUGUACAAAGGAACUUCAAGAUGCAGCACUUUAUCUACAGCUUGCCAAUCUAGCGUCGUACGUUGAGAAUGUCAUCAAUAACAUGGCCUACAUGAAUACUGAAGUCUAUGCUGAUAUCAACAUGAGGGUUACAAGCUGCGCCAGAGCGUUUGUAGGCAAGGAGUGUAUGUCUGACGUUGCGUUUGAUCUUGGUGUUGUGGUGGUCCAUGCACAUAAGGUCAUGCUUGUCUCUCAGUCCGAGAUGCUGGCGGCAAUGUUUAUGGAGGGACAUUUUCUAGAGGGGGGCAGGCAGUCGGUUCGUCUGAGAGACACCAAUCAUGACCACUUCCUGGCUUUGUUGGAGUUCCUGUACACUGGACGAUGUCCUAAUCUUUUUCUUGAUGAUGCCCUGGGUGUAAUUGCCUUGGCCAAUUUUUUCUGCCUGCCGAGACUUGUGGCUUCUUGUGAGCAGCUGGUUGUGAAGGAGCUACAGGCAUCAAUGCAUUCAGAUGAGCUAGCAGUGUCAGAGAGCGUCAUAGUUUCCAUGAUAGAAGCAGAGCUCCACAAUGCCUCCCAACUCCAGCAGUGGUGCCGGACAUACAUAUCCUGCAACUACAAUGCACUUUGCCGCAAGCACCCCAAAGAGCUCAAGGCGCUGAACCCCGACACUCAGAAGCACCUUGAGCAACAUCGCUGGCCGCCUGUCUGGUACAUCCUGGAGAAUGACUGGUAUGAAAAGGAGAAGAGAGAGCAGGAAAGUAGAGCGAGUAAGACUGCUUACUCAGUGGAUUUGAAAGCCAAAAGGAAGAGAUGUCAUUGCUUGUAAAUAUUACAAACAGUACACUAGAUAUAUUCCUGUCAGUUGAGUAUUGUGGGAACAUGGGUAGCUGGACCUAAAGUGGGGUGGGGGGUGUAAUGGGUGACUGGGAUGUCGAUCCAGCGGUCGUUUUUUAUCUAAAAUUUUAAUCCCAACCCUGUCUUUUGUGGUUAUAGAUAUUUUCAGAAAAUACAGCUUAAAUGUCAGGUAGGCCUGACAGGACAGGCCUGUAGGCAUGCUAGUGUGUGACUGAUGAGUGGUAAACACUACACGACAUAAGAAAAGACAAACGGGAACAAAGGGUUUAUUGAAAUCUUGUUGGUACUAUUUGAUCCUGCAUUCAUUGUUCUAUUCCUUAGAUACUGUUGCUACAAUGGACAAAACAUAGAUUGUGGCUUAUAUGGCCUUUUUGAAUUUUGAGCUCAAUGCUUUGACUUUUUAAUCCCAACAGGGAGCUUGCCCCUCUCAUCCUAUGGGUGAGCUAUAACUAGAUGCUGAUCCAGGAUUUCCGAAAUAGGGUGGCAGUGGGGGAAUAAGCAAGAACUUCAAGUAAGGGGGGGGGGGGGGGGGGGGGAGUUGUAGAAGCCCACUCAUAAGGCCUAACAGGAUUGGCUGGAUUACCUCAUUGUUCUAUUGUAUACCCAUCUACUGUUUUGUAUCCCAUUGUUUUGUCUGGAUUGCAUCAAUCCAAUGAGGAGAAAUCUUCUGAGAGCUGUUACAUGACCUGUAAGGGGACUCAUUGCUCUUCUUGUUUUUUUUUUUCUUUUUAAUUUCUUCCUAUUUUUAAGAAAAUAAAAGGGUGAGGGGACCACCAAUAGAACUCUCCCGCAUUAGGCAGGAGUCUCAAGAUUUUGGACCCCUUCUCCCGCUCUCCUGCGUUGGGCACCAAAUCUCUCCCACUUUUUAGCCAUUUUUGUCACUUCCAAAAAAUUAUUCUAUAAAAAAUCAUCAUUUUGCCUAUUUUCUAUUAAAAUUUUUAAAACAAUAAUUCCCUUGCACAGCAGAAUUUAUCUUACACCGCAGUGGAUUUGUUCGCAAGAGCUUUCUAUUUGGCAAAUGCCUGUGAGCCAUCCCUCCCCCCAAAAAUACUCAAGCCUUCAGAUUUUCAGGGUUUUAUAGGUAUGCCAUGAUAGCUGGAAAGGUAACAAACAGUGAAUUAGUGCUCAGUACACCAUUAACUGUUGAUCCUCAAUCAUACAAUUUUAUAUUCCAAUCUACUAAUCUUACCUCACUUUAUGAUUAGAAAGUGCACAACACUUUUUAAAGGUGUGAUUACUUUAAAAGUGGCCUCUAAGAUUAAAAUGAAACACACUAAAGAGACUGAGUCAUAAGUUUUCUGUGGGCUACAAUUUCCUUAACGAUUUGCCACUAGAGGAGAGCCAACCAAUCUUACCUCACUUUAUGAUGAGAAAGUGCACAACACUUUUUAAAGGUGUGAUUACUUUAAAAGUGGCCUCUAAGAUUAAGAUGAAACACACUAAAGAGACUGAGUCAUAAGUUUUCUGUGGGCUACAAUUUCCUUAACGAUUUGCCACUAGAGGAGAGUCAGAAGCUGCAUAAGGGGGGAGGGGGACAUGGAAUAUUUUGUUCCUCCUGAAGGGGGGGCAACUAAUUUUAUCCCUUUUAUCAAAAUCCUCACGCCCCCUCCCCCUCGGGAUAAUAAAUGAACUUUCCCAUACAGAAACAAAUUGAACUGGGAUUGAAGAGCGUGCUAAGAACAAGGAUCUGAAAUUUUGAUCUGGAUCUGAAGUUUUUAUCUUAAUCUACAGUGUAUCAGAUUGAUAGAAUACUAAAGAGUGAUAAUGUAUGAUUGUUUUUUUUUUUCAAAAAGAUAUAACCAACAUAAUAAACAAAAAAUUAAGAUUUAGAGGAAUUAUGAAUGAGAAGUCUGUUAGAUUAAUCACAUUAAGAAAAAUAUUUUAAAAAUAUAUAUGUACAAAAUGACAAAUCUUACUAAUUAUUUUGUGUAAUUGUUCAAAAUAUUAUAUUUAGAAAUUAUUUUACAUUCAUUUGAAGUGCUGUUAGUUUAGUUGUUAGAAGGGAAUUGUAAGAAUAAAAGAUUGUUUAUGCUUUUGGA